AUGUUGCAAUCGAUAUUUGACGAUGUACGACGUAUGAACAAGCGCCAGUUUUUAUAUCAACUGCUGAGCUUUGGCAUGAUAGUCUCAUCAGCGUUGAUGAUAUGGAAGGGUCUGAUGGUCGUCACCGGCAGCGAGAGUCCUAUCGUGGUUGUAUUGAGUGGCAGUAUGGAGCCUGCGUUUCACAGAGGUGAUUUGCUCUUCCUUACCAAUUAUCAAGACGAACCAGUGAGAGUAGGAGAGAUCGUUGUUUUCAAAGUCGAAGGCAGAGACAUACCUAUUGUACACAGAGUACUUAAACUUCAUGAGAAGGGUGACCAAAAUAAUACGGUCAAGUUUCUUACGAAAGGUGACAACAAUUCUGUAGAUGAUCGAGGUUUGUAUGCACCUGGUCAGCUCUGGUUGACGCAUAAGGAUGUGGUUGGCCGAGCGAGAGGCUUCCUACCAUAUGUUGGCAUGGUCACUAUAUACAUGAAUGAAUAUCCUAAAUUUAAGUAUGCAGUAUUAGCAUGUCUUGGACUGUACGUUUUGGUACAUAGAGAAUAAAAUUGUUCGAUAAGUUCAAACAUUAUAUUGCGAUAAUCUGAUCGUUUCUGAGUAAAUGCGUAAUUUACUAAAAAUAAGGACACACAUACCAAACUGCACAACAUAAUAAUUUAGUGCAUACAUUGCUGAUCUUGUACUAUUAAUGAAGAAUACUAAAAUGUUCAGGCCAAAGUGCAUUUUCUUGUAUGUAAAUAUAUUUGCAUAUUUGAAUCGAUAAUCUCAAAUUAAAUAUUUUUGCUGGAAUUAUUACGUGUAAAUUUAUAUUAAAUAUUUUAUCUUGAUUUUUACAUCAAGAUUCGAUAUUUCGUGGUGAAUACUCUAAAAAAUAAUAAAAAAUAAUAAGAGAUGAUAAUUUUUGUUUUUCAGAGUAUUGAGAUGCGCGCGUGCUAGAUUAAAAUGGCAAUUACUAAAGGCAUUAGCUAUAAAGGCCAUUUCGAACAACUCCAAUUAACUUUAAUCUGUCGUUAACCUUUAGACUGCCGGCAUUUUUUCAUUAAAAUAGUGAUUCUUUUUUUUUUCAAAAAUUUUUCUUUAUAAGUAACAUACACAUGGCGAAAAAUUUCAAGAUUUAUUCAAAGCUAAAAGUGGCUUUUCCGGUAAGGAACAUAAAUUAAAUAUAAAAAAUGUUUAUUUUCUCAAAAAUAGUGUAUUUUGGGGGUUUUUUGUUAUCGCUGAUUCCAAUUCUGAGCAUAAAUUUAUAAAAUUUUGAGCCCUAAGCGCAAUAACAACAUAAAUGAAUAUAAACGUAUAGAUUCAGAACUUUCCUAUUACCCACAGCUAACGACGUAGUCGUAAAAAGUUUGAGGCUUCUUUUUUAUUUUCCUUUUUAUUUAAUUUUUUAAUUUUUUAUUUUUUUUUCUUGUUUUAUAAUUACUAAAAGUAAUGGUGUUUUAAUCCAAACUCAAGAGCCACAAAAGUGACUUUUCUGGCAUUCUAAAGGUUAAUAAAUGCAAUUGGUCAAUUCUAAUGGACUAAUCGUCGAUUAAAAUUAAUCGGAAUCGAUCAAAAUGGCACUAAUAUUGCAAUGUCUAAAAGACAUAAGUAAAGUUAAAAAGAACUAGACAAUUUUUUAGAAGUUCUCAUUUUUGUUUCUCAGGUAAUAAUUUAUAAAAGUGACGCCACUGUUUGUGACAAGAUAAUCUUUGUGGCGCACUGUAGCAUUUAUAUACGUUAGAGAAAUCAUUGUUUAUUUUUCUCUGCUUUCACUUGAAAAGAGCGGCAGCGUAUUAUAUGUAAAACCCGAAAGAAAUAAAUUUUGUUGUAAUUCUUAAUGUGGCACGCUGUAUAAUUACUUUUAUUUCAGAUAUGGAAUAAAUUUGUAAUAUUUGGGUACAAUGCGGUACUGUAAAUCCCUUAGUUUAUAAUUAAUUUACAAUAAGUUGUGCAUUUUGAUCUUUUAUAAGUUUUAUUUCCUCAAUUCUAUCAGUAAGUAGUUAGAAUGGACGAUAAAAUUAAAUUAAAACACAUUACAUGCAAUUUAUCAUGGAACAUAUGUUUUUAUAUCAAAUAAACUUCUGUUAUCAAAGUUCAUAAGUUAUCACAUACAU